ACCACUUCGGAAAGAAAAGAAGUUAAUAGUCCUUUAAAACAGCUGUCUGCGUGUUUAGACUAGGAAUAGUGGGUACAUUUUGACGUGUUAUCUGACGUGAUAACUUGAGAGAUGUCGCGCGGUUGUUCAGAAUGGUGUUCUCGGUUUGUAGAGAGACACCAUUCAGCGAUGAAUUUUGCGCUCCUCAUUUUUGGCUACAUCUUUUACCUCAUAAUCGGCGCAGCAAUUUUCUCUGCCAUUGAGCUUCCGUACGAGCACAAACUUCGGCGCGAGCUGAUAGAGGCCAGACGAGACUUCCUGAGCAACAACACCUGUGUGUCCGAGGCGCGCCUCGAGGAGCUGCUGGUCCGCGCGCUGGAGGCCAGUAACUAUGGAGUGUCCGUAGUGGGAAACGACAGCAACCACAACUGGGACUUUGUGUCGUCUUUAUUCUUCACCAGCACCGUGCUGACCACGACAGGUUAUGGCCACACUGUUCCCCUCUCAGAUGAAGGAAAGGCUUUCUGCAUCUUCUACUCCCUCUUGGGAAUCCCCAUCACCCUCUUCUUCCUCUCCGUUGUGGUGCAAAGGAUCAUGGUCGUGGUGACUCGGCGCCCAGUGUCCUACUUCCACCGGCGAUGGGCCAUGUCUAAAUCAAAGCUAGCCACCAUACACGCUAUCUGCUUAGCCCUCAUCAUGACCCUGCUGCUCCUCUUCAUCCCUGCUUGGAUCUUUGUCAGUGUGGAGAAGGACUGGGGCUUUCUGGAGUCUCUGUAUUUCUGCUUUAUCUCUCUGACAACCAUCGGCCUCGGGGAUUAUGUUCCCGGAGAGACCCACAGCAAAGAGGAUAUUACACACCCACAGCUGUACAGGCUGGCCAUAACAGUCUACCUGCUGCUGGGCUUGGUGUUUGUCCUCGUGGUGCUGGAGACGUGUUGUGAGCUUCCCCAGAUGAAACGUCUCAGACAGAGGUUCUGCAAGGAGAACGUCCGGGAGCUGGACUCUGAGACCACCAACAUCAUUGACAGGGACCACAUGAACGACCAGCUUGGCGAUAUCUCGGAUCACGUACCGGUCAUCCCUUCAGUGUCAGAGCAGGCUGCAUCUCUACAGAAGGACAGUAAAUCUACACCUUACAUGCCAGCACCCGGGUCUGCCUCUAAUGGAAAACUGAGAUGACAAAUCAUCUUCAGUACGUUUUUAGAAAGACUGAUGCUCCCUUUUGACUGUUACCUUUGCCUCAGUGUAUUUUUAAAAUAUAAAAAGAGCCUGAGAAUGCUUUAGUUGGGUUAUCUGCAUCUAAUCUGAGUCAUUUAAUCACUGUAAAAUGGAUUCCAUUUCUUCAGUGCCAACACCAACAGGCAGUUUUGGCGAAAAAGCAGGAACCACCCACAGACUAUCAAAAUCAGGAUGGCUUUGUUUUCUUUUUCUCCCACUGUUUCUCCAUUCCCUGCAGAUAAGACCCAGAUCUGUGACACAGAGGAAGGGCCGGGUCCCCGAGCGGAGGGAAACCCCACAAGGCACUGCUUCCUGCCAAAGUCUCUGUGUUGUAAUCCCAAAGCCGCACAGUUUGCUCCUGGAUGAUUUCACACCUGCUCUAUGCACAUUAUAUAAUCUAUGGUGGUAUUUGCAUGGGAAAUUAGCCCUCUUGGAAAUAGGAGAGCAGCACGAAGAGAAUCAGACGUACCUGUUGGUGGCCUGUUGCAUUUUUUAAAAAGGAUUCCAAGAUGAAUAUCAAAUGAUGGCAAAAAAUAAACAUUGCCAUCUUCCUGGUUGCAACAGGUGGUUAUUGGACUUCACAUCCUGCCAACAUGCUUAAACACAGUCCAUUUAUUCCAUUAUGCAGCAGACAGGCCUAGCUGCAACCAAAAUAUGAGGAAAGGACGGUUUAAUAUUUGAUACAGAUGGUGCUUCAGCUGCAGGGUUGUCACAAUACCAGAUGUUUAAACGUGGGUAUGAUCCUGGUGAAAAUCCAACACUAUCAAUGCAUACAUUUUCAAAAAGGUGGAUGAAAAAGUGGAAAAAAGAUUGAAAUAAAUUUAAGCGAUAUAACAUUUUCUAAAAUUUAUCUGAAUAUUUAUCCCCUUAAAGUUAGUAUUUAGUGGAUGCAGCAUUUGUUGUAAUCACAGCACUGAGUCUGUGGAUAGGUCUCAGCCAGGUUUCAUUCAUCUAGACACUGCAAUUUUACUCCAUUUUUCUUUGCAAAACUUCUCAAUCUCUGUCAGGUUGCAUGGGGAACAGGCGUGAACAGCCACUAGCUCCUGACUCAGCCCCUUCAGGGCAUUCACCUUGCUGUCUUUAAACCAUUUCUGUGUAGCUUUCACUGUGUGCUUGGGGUCAUUGUCUAGCUGGAAAUAAAUCUCCAAAGCCAUAGUUCUCUUGCAGACUAAAUAACAUUUCCCUUUAGGGUUUUCUUAUAUUUUGGCGCAGUCAUUAUACCCUCUACCUUUACAAGCCUUUCGAGGCCAGCAGCUGAGAAGCAUCUCCACAGCAUAAUACUGCCACCACUGUGCUUCACAGUGGGGAUGGUGUGUUUGUAGUGAUGUGUAGUAUUUGGUGUACUAUGGUCAAAAUUGUAUGUGUUUUCUUCAAUAGUGGCUUUCUCUUUGCCACUUUCCCAUAAAGCUUUGACUGCUGAAGAGCCCAGGCAACAGUUAUUAUAUGCAGAGUCUCUCCCAUCUCAGCUGCUGAAGCUUGUAACUCCUUCAGAGUAGUCAUAGGUGUCAUGGUGGACUCUCUCACUGGUUCUUGACAGUCACCCAGUUUGUGAGAAAAGCUUGAUCUAGGUAGAUUUACACAUGUGUCAUACUCCUUCCAUUUCUUGAUGGAUUUAACUGAACUCUGGAGGAUGUUCAGUGCCUUAGGAUAUUUUUGUAUCCAUCCCCUGAGAUAUACUUUUAACA